AUGGCUAAGCAAAAGGUGAGUACCAAAACCAAAAAGAGAUAUAGGUAUUCUUCAUUUAAAGCAAGAAUAGAUGAUUUGAAGAUAGAGCCAGCCCAUAAUUUAGAAAAGAGAGUACACGAUUAUGUUGAAACGUCUCAUUUUUUAGCUUCCUUUGAGCAUUGGAAAGAUAUCAAUUUAAGUGCAGGUUUUACAGAAUUUGCUUAUGAAGUACAACCUAUGGUACAAACACUGCCACAAAUUCUCCAUUACCAGGACAUAAUUUUCGAAAAAUUACUCGAAUAUAUCAAGAAACAAAAUGAAAAGUGUUUACAGCCGCUUCUGGACUUACUAGCUCAAUUUUGUCAUGAUUUGGGGCCUGAUUUUUUGAAAUUCUAUAAAACUGCGGUCUUGGCACUUAUUGGUUUAUUAGAUUCCGCAGCGGAUCUUGAAUCUCUGAAUGUAUUUGAAUGGGGAUUCAAUUGUUUAGCAUAUUUGUUCAAGUAUCUUUCAAGAAUUUUGAGUAAUGAUUUAAGACCUACCUUUGAUAUUCUAUUCCCAUUGCUAUCACAUUCAAAAGAGUACAUAUCACGAUUUUCCGCUGAAGCAUUAUCUUUUUUGGUUAGAAAGACGAAUUCAAGGAACCUUUCUGACUUUAUAUCUCACGUAUUGCAGAGAUUACAAAGUGAACAAGAAUCUCAUUUUUACGAUGGGCUUUUGACUUUGUUUACGGAGGCUUUAACAACGACACCUGGGGCUCUGCACUCUAAAGCGCAGGUUAUAGUAAGAGUCUUGGCUAGUGAUGCUUUACGUAUGAGUGAAAAUGAACAAUGUGUCAAUCUGUUCUGUGAUAUUUGGAUGAAUAUUUCAAAGCACUCCACUGUUGAGAAUAUGGAACCGGUGACCGAGUGCUUGAUUGAUGUUUUGAAGAGUAAUUUAACAAAUGAAAGAAAUGCUGUUAUGCAGAUUCUUUCUGUUAUCGUGUAUGCCGAGAGUGGGAGAAAAAUUUCAAAUUGGGACAGUAUUACAUGGUUUAUUGGUGACAUUAUAGCUGAAAAAUCUUUUAUUUCAGAAUUGAAUCCCAGUAAAGUAUGCUUUUUCUUCGCAAUUAUACUACGUAAUGCUGAUCUUAAGAGUUUAACAAAAUGCUAUAGGGAUAUUUUUGAUUUUUUCAUGCAUCAGUAUCAGAGCAAUUUUUUGGUCUUUUUGAGUAUGGCAUUAGAAUUAUCGAGCGAUCGAUUAUUCUCUUUGAAUGGGGGCAGGUUUUUGCAGCAGUUCAUUAAUGAUAAUUGGGGGUUGUUCUCUCCACAACUGGCAUUAUUCAUACAAGACCUGGAAGAAAAGAAUCUACUGCACCAUAAGAUUAAUGUUUCUGUUCCUCAUGAAUGUGUCUCUUCCAUCCUAUCUUAUUUCCACUCGAUUUCUGAGAUAACGACCUUAGAAGAGUUCUAUAACAUAUAUUGGAGGGUGAUUCUCAUGCGUCAGGCUACAACUAUUGAUUUCACGGCAUUAUCAAACCUUUCUAAGCUUAUUUUGUCCUCAUCCUUUCUAGAGAAUGAUUUUUCAAGGGAUGUGUUAGGUCUAGUUAUUGAAUGUCUUUCAAGUGGCAACGUAGGCGAAUAUGGUGAAAUAAUAUAUGAAUGUCUUGCAAGGUUUUCAGAGUUCAGAAAAAGUAUAUUUUUCAUUAAAGGUCUGAAUAAGGUUUUGUCCAAAUUUGAAGAUAAACAAGAGCUGAAUACUAAAAUUGGUAGGUGUUCUUCAUUAUUGUCAGAGGUUUCAAGUAAUUUUUCUCUUCCCAACAGCUCUAUACGUUAUGAAACCAUGAAUUUACUAUACACUAUCUUUGACAUCAAUAAUCAAACUAUCCCUCAGCUACUAAAUGAGUGUAAGAUUAUUGAGCAGAUCCCUUUAACCUUGGAAAAUGCUCGUGAUAUUACGACUAGAAUCAGAAAUCUAGGAGCAUACUUUUCACAAAAUUCAUACGAUAAUAUUGUCAUAACUUCAUUUAUCAAAGAUAUUUUUGGUUUAUUAACCGUACGUUUCUCACCCGUCUGGGACGGUAUAUCAGAGAUAAUUCCUCUGAUCUAUAAAAGAGAUACCUCCUUGGUCUGGUCCUUAUUGUUGCAAUUUUUAACGAUUAGUGAUAACAAUGAAGAAGUAGAUUAUUAUGAGCAUAUCGACAAUACCAGCAGCGAUAUCGUGCUGUGGUCUUCGCAUAUCCCAAGACUAGAAGGAACGAUCGAAACUUUCAUCUCCAUACAUAGCAAAUACCAUUCGCAUGUCAGUUCCAUGGUGAACUAUUUAAAGGAAAAGAGGGGUUCAUUUGUAUAUCCUCAGCAUGUUAGAGCACAGUCCUUGAAGCUACUUUUAUCAAUUCCUCACUUGGCUGAAAAAAACUCUCAAUCCUUCGUACCAUUUUUAUUUAAUGAUAUUGAAUCGGACGAACUGUUUGAAUCUAAUGAGUUUUCAGCUGCGGUUUGGUCUGAGCAGGAUAGAAAUAUGCUUCUCAAAAUAGUAGCAAAAUUCUCUGAUAUGAAGCAUAUCUAUAAGAGUGAGGAACUUUAUAAUAGACUACUGAACAUAUUGGGUAGCCGUCAUACGGAGGCUCAAAAGUUGGCGCUUUCUGCUAUUUCUAGCUAUAAAAUUGCGGUUAUAAACAAGUAUAAGGAUAACCUAAGGAACCUAUUAGAUGAUACACUGUUCAAGGAUGAAAUUACAAAAUUCCUUUCUGAGGGGGGUCAUCAAGCUAUCGAUAAAGCUGACGAGGAUGAGUUGAUUCCUUAUGUUUUGCGCAUCCUCUUCGGCCGUGUUCAGGCAGCAUCCACAAGUGGGCUAAAGAAGAGCAGAAAGGUUGCAGCUCUAUCAGUCCUGCCAAGUUUGAAGGAAGAGCACAUUUCGGCCUUUUUGGCACUUGGUUACAGUCGUUUCGAAUAUGAAUAUUUUUUUGAAAAUGGCUACCAUGUAUCUGAUUCGGCUGUUUUACUUGCUUCCGUCAGAAAGUUGCUCGGUUUCGUUACUAUUUUUGACGCCACUGUAAGUAUAUUAGGCUCGAAGGUUCCACAUGCUAUUUUAUCCGCCCUACGUCCACUUGUGUAUUCUAUUGCAGUGUCAUAUGCAGUUAGCUUAGACCCUGAGACUGAAGCUUAUACACUAAAAAUGGCUGCAAAUUUAAGACAGAAGGCUCUUAAAUGUCUUAAUGACGUUUUCCAAAACUUAGGAGACAGGGUACAAUGGAAUGAAUACGUCUCGGAGAUAUAUGAGGUUAUUAUUGAUCCUCGUAUAGAGACUUUCGCCCAUGAAAACUUACAGCAGGUUUCUUCUAUUUUGAAGUUAGUAGUAUUUUGGACAAAGAAUAAAGAAUUCUACCCAUUCUUGUAUAGAGAUGACUACUCCAUAAUGAAAGCUCUUAUGUGUACACUUUCAAGUGAGCAUGUGAAAGAGCCCGUUGUCGCUACUAUUUUAGAUGGUGUUCACGAGUUUAUGAAAAAUCCAACUUCUGAUGGUGAAUACGUCGAAGUCGUUACUCUCAUUGUAACUGCAUGUUUAGAACUCAUUCCUAAAUUGUAUAAGAAUGUUGUUAACAACCAAACAAACUCGAUUGCAGUGGCCUUGUUGUUGAAUAUGGCUCAGCUAGGAUACAUACAAUCCAAUGAAACGAGGCAACAUUUGCUAAACUCAAUGCUGGUUAUUGUUGAAGAUAAUUUCAAAAAGGUUGACAGAAAGGACAUAGCAAAUAUUCUGGAUGUUAUAUCACUCGUGGCUCGUGAAUACGAAUGUGCUUGGGAUGAUAUUGAACCUUUAUAUAAGGCAAUUUCAAAUCUCUAUAAAUCAUUUUCCGAGAAGGAAUUAAGAGGUUCAUUGAAUUCCAUAUUCUUAAGCAUUAGCGAGGGUUUUCCAAAGAUGAAGCAAGUAUCUUUACUACUAUGUGACUUGAAUUCAUAUUCUCCAAGACGUAUCCAGGAGUACGAUUUCCCAAAAAUGUUAUCCGCCUUCAAAAAGUUUAUUGAUGGCUCAUAUAACUCCUUCAAUGUAUUGGAAUGGUAUCCCAUCAUUUGCACUUGUUUGUUUUUCAUAAAGGACAAGGAAGAAUUGGCAAUUAGAACAAAUGCAGCCCAUGUAAUAAAGAAGUUUAUCGAUUAUAUGAAUGCUAAAGACUCUGAAGAUUUACGUACCCAGUGUGCGGCUAUUGUAAAGGAUACAUUAUUACCUGCCAUACGUGACGCAUUGAAAAGGAAUACCGAAGAGUCUCAGGCUGAAUACAUUUCAGUUUUAGCUUAUAUUGUUGAGAAUAGCAAAUAUUUCACAUCUCUUAACGAUAUGCGUAUAUUACUUUUCAAUGGUGACGAAGAAGCCAACUUCUUCUCAAAUAUUACUCACAUCCAACUACAUCGUAGACAAAGAGCAAUUAAGAGACUGGGUGAUGUAGCAGAUGAACUUGCUGAUAAUAGUAUUGCUCACUAUCUACUUCCAAUUGCUGAGCAUUAUGUUUUUUCGACAGAGGAAAAAUAUAGAAAUCUAGGAAACACGGCCCUUGUUACAAUUGGCUCCUUGUCUAACGCAUUAAACUGGCACCAAUAUAAAGCGCUGGUUCGUAGAUAUGUUUUCAUCGUAAAAAAGGGUGAGGAUAAUCUAAAGGCAGCAGUGCUGUUACUGAAUCAAAUCUCCGUGUCCUUUAAAAACAGCAUGCAAGACAUAAGAGAAAUUAGGGUGGUGAAGGGAGGUAUCAAGAAGGUGCCAAGCAAUUUAUCCGAUCCAGAAAAGUUCGUUAAAAAUGAAAUAUAUCCAACUUUGAACAAUAUUUUAGCAAAACGAGAGGAAGAAACUGUCAUUUCUCGGAUUCCAUUAACAGAAGCCUUAGUAAACUUUAUACUGGGCUUAUCAAAAGAAGAUACAGUUAGUUUACUACCAGGUAUUCUUACAUCAGUUUGUCAGAUUUUAAGAAGUAGGUCAGAGGAACUACGUGAAUCAGUAAGGACUACAUUAUCCAAGGUAACUACUACACUAGGACCAAACUACAUAUUUUUUAUCAUAAAAGAAUUGAAAUCUGCCUUGAAGAGAGGUUCGCAAGUACAUGUUUUGAGUUAUACUGUUCACCACUUGUUAAGGGCACUUUCUGAGGAGUUACAGCAUACAGACCUUGACCAAUCCGCUCGUAUGAUUGUCCAGAUUAUCAUGGAAGAUAUUUUUGGAUCUGCAGGUCAAGAGAAAGAUUCUGAUAAUUAUCGUACAAAAAUGAAAGAAGUCAAAAUCAAUAAAAGUUAUGAUACUGGUGAAAUACUUGCAGCUAACAUUUCUCUCAAUAUGUUCAAUGAGUUACUUCAACCAGUAAGGGCUCUUUUAUCUGAACGGAUGGGUCUAAAAAAUCAAAAUAAGUUAGAGGAAUUGCUGCGCAGAUAUACCCUUGGUUUGAAUCGGAACAGUGCCUCUUCCUCUAAGGAAGUCCUUUCCCUAUGUUACGAAAUUUUCCAACAAUCCCAAUUUGAGAAGGAUAGCAAGGCUUCAAAAGUUCAGCCGAAGUCUAGAUCAGAAGCAGAGGAGUUCUUUUUAGUCAACUUGAAUGCAAAGUCUCAUAUUGUGCAAAUAGAAAGCUCUCUGUUAGUGGAUACACUUCAGAAGUUUUCUCUAGAUCUGUUGCGCACAGUCUUGACAAGGCAUCGUGGACUGUUAGAAGUUUCUCACGUAGGUGGAUUUAUCCCAGUGUUAAAGGAGUCUUUGCUGUCCGCAAAUGAGGGUGUAUUGAUUAGCACACUUCGUCUUCUUGUUAUUGUGGUGAAGUUAGACUUUUCUGAUGAUUCUGAGCCAAUCUUCAAAAAUGGUGCAAGAAAAGUUUUGAACUUGAUAAAAGAUUCUCCAUCCACUUCCAGCGAACUAUGCCAGAUCGGUCUGAAGUUCCUUUCUUCAUUUAUUCGCCACAAAGAUAUAAAAUUGAAAGAUACUGCUCUAAGUUAUGUUCUCGGUAGAAUUUUACCAGAUCUAAAUGAACCAAGUAAACAAGGACUGGCGUUUAACUUUUUGAAAGCUUUGGUCUCAAAGCAUAUAAUGCUGCCUGAGAUUUAUGACGUAAUAAAUGUUGUAAGAGAGACCAUGGUUACGAAUCAUUCAAAAGAAAUUCGUGAUGUCGCUAGGAGUGUCUACUUUCAAUUUUUAAUGGAGUACGACCAAAGUAGAGGCCGAUUAGAAAAGCAGUUCAAGUUUAUGGUAGAUAAUUUACAAUAUCCUUCUCAGGAAGGUAAGCAAUCGAUAUUGGAAUUGAUCAACCUUAUCAUUAUCAAAGCAAGUCCAGAUCUAUUAUCAAGACUGUCUUCUUCAUUUUUCCUUUCCCUGGCAAACUUAUCACUCAGUGAUGACUCUUCAAAAUGUCGUGAAAUGGCAACUCUUCUACUUUCUGCCUUAUUUAACAAAUUAAGUAACGGAGAUCUCGUCGUGAUCAAAAAAUAUUUAACAGCAUGGUUGAAGCAAGAAGAUAAACCCGCUUUUUUGAAUUUAGGUUUAAGAAUUCACAAGAUUUAUAUAUCUAGCGUUGAUUUCCAGGAAGAUGAAGAAUUUAAUGUGCUAGCUUUGAACCGAAUUAAGGGCGUUUUAUCUGAAACUGAUGCCGGAUCAGAGACUCAGUGGGAUCUUAUUUAUACUGCUCUAAAUGAUUUCACAGUUUUCUAUAGUAAAAAAGAAUUCAUGUUCGAAAAGGGCUAUAAAUCCAUCUGGCAAAACGUGCUGGGAUGUCUCCUGUAUCCACAUAUGUGGGUUCGACAAAUUGCUAGUCAAAUUGUCAACGAUUUGUUUAAUAAUAUCGAUAAAUUCGAAGAGCCUUUCAACAAUGCGGAAAUACAAAAUAUAUCAUCCAGAUUAAUUCGUCAACUCAGCGCACCGUCAAUUUCGGAGGGUUUGGCUACUAUAUGUGUCAAGACAUUAGUCCAAAUUGCUAAGCUCUGGUCUGAAAAUCAAACUGAAUAUAUUGUUAGCGAAUCUUCUACUUCUAAUUAUUUGAAUGCAAUCGAUUAUAUGGUUACAAGAACUUCAGCACUUAUAAGAAGUCAAGAAAAUCCAGCUGAUUCCCUCAUGUCAAAGAAGUCAGGUAUCCAAUUAUUCAUAUUUUUACUCCAAAUACUAUCCACUGAACAAAUUAAGCAAGAAGCAGAAAAGAUUCUUUUGGCGCUCUACAUGUAUCUUGAAACUGAUAGUCGACAAUUAAAUGACGAUGAAGAAGAAUUGAAUAAAGUAAGUCAAGAAUGUUUACAGAUGCUUGAAUCAAAACUGUCAGUUCCCGAAUUCACUACGGCCUAUGCAAACGUGAAACAAGUAGUUAUAGAAAGAAGACAAGAAAGAAAAGCAAAGAGAUCUAUUCUGGCUGUUAAUGCACCUGAUAUUGCAGCUCAAAAAAAGAUAAAAAAGCAUGUAAGAUCCAGAGAGAAACGUAAGCAUGAGAGAGACGACAGUGGUUUCUAUCAAAGAAGAAAUAAAAAGAAGAGAGUUUAA